AUGAUCGAGAAGGACACCAUGUGCCUCCUAGAUUUCUAUGUGCACGAGAGUGUGCAAAGGCGGGGCCUUGGCCUUGACCUAUUCAAAUCAGCUCUGAAGGAGGAAGGGCUAACGCCAACGGAGAUCGCGUACGACAGGCCGUCCCCGAAGCUGAAGCCCUUCCUCGGCAAGCACUUCGGGCUUCACAAUUGUUUGGACCAGCCUAACCGCUUCAUGGUGUUCAAAGAGCACUUCGAGGGGGCCGCCAAGCGGUCGAAACAGCAAGCGGGCUAGGUUCUUGGCGCACUCGAGUGACUUGAGUUGAUGUGGCCGUUGUGAACGUGCUUAGGAAAGUGGGCUUCCGCAAUUUUGCUUUUUGGAACCGUCGCAUUCUUAACGCUGUACAUAAAACAAUGGCAGGGACUUGUUUCACUUCGAUGAGAACUAUAACAUCCUAACUCUCC